AUGUUUGCCAGAGCCAUUGCAAGAGAGUCCAGACAGAGCACCAGACAAUUUUCGUCCUCCGUGGCCAAGCUUAAUGGCCACCACUUCCCAGAGGGUCCAUACAGCAACUUGCCUUUCAAAGUUCACAACAGAAGAAUUCCAUACGCCGUUCCACAUUUCUUAUUUUUCGCUAUUGGAUUCGGUAUCCCUGUUUUUGCUGCUUACGUUCAGUUGAAGAGAUCCGGAAACAUCUGA